GCACCCCGAGAUGGCCACCAGCCCGUGGUACAAGGACAUCUGGCACGAUGCCGCCGUCAACCGCACCACGUGCGAAAUGGUGCGGCCCCCAAUGGUCAAGUCCUACUGCAACAUCACGGAGAUUUCGCUGGUGUUCGUCGAGGACAGAGGGCAGUCGCCGAGGCAGGCGGACGACUUCUGGGCCCAGGCGCAGCACAGGUCCACAGAGCGCUCGGCGAACAAGGAGCCCGCGGGCGAGCCGACGGCCUUCACGGUCGGGCCGCCGCCUACCUUGCAGCGCCAGCUGCCCCCGAACAGGACGUACAAGGAUGAGGGCGAGGUGGCCGACGAGGUCUUCCCUCCGAAUGCCACCGUCAGAGCGCCUGCUAGCGAAGCACCUCACAUGCAGCAGCUGGCGCGCCAGGAAAUGAAGAUCCCGCCGCUCCCGAACGAGCCCGGCUGCUACGUGCUCACCCCGUACGGCUGUCCCGAGCGCACCGCGUUCGAGAUCACAGCGCGGAAGUCCUGGGUGCGGGACAUGUACGGCGAGAAUCACCUCAACACUGGCGUAGACCAGGCUGCCUGCAACGCGCGCAACAAUGGCCACUACGCACAGUGGUGCGGCGUGGCGGAGGUGCGCAUGGGCUUCGUGCCAGUCUGA